UUGCUGGAACAGCAGAAACUGUGCAUCGAGUUCUUGCUGCUGCUGCUGCUGCUGUGGCAGCAGCAAACGAGGAGACUCUCAGCAGCUACCCGACUCUUUGGCUCAUCGGCAUCACUUGCAUCGCGCUGCUGCUGACAAGCCGGCUGCUGUUCGGUCGGUUCUUUCCGCUGUGGGGCAGCAGCAGCAGCAGCAGCACGCAGCAGCAGGAAGCAGCAGCUGCUGCUGCGCUGCAGUCCCUGCUGAAGCAGCCGCAGAUGCAGUCUCUCUUUGUGAACGCCAAAAAGGCUUCGCUGCUGUGCCAGGCUGCUGCAGCAGGCAGCAGCGGCACCCCCAGCAGCAGGCCUGAAAACCAAACUGCGGGCCAGGACUCGGAUGUGCUGCAGCAGCUGCAGCAGCGGCUGACGCACUUCCUAGACCAGCAGCAGCAGCAGCUGCAGCUGCAGCAGCAGCAGCUCCUCAGCCAGGCGCAGCAGCUUUCGGAAGCGGUGGAGGCGCAGUCGCGCUUUGCCCUCUUCAUGGCUCAGAGCAGCAGCAGCAGCAGCAGCAGCAGCAGCAGCAGCAGCAGCAGCUGCAGCAGCAGCAGCUGA